AAGGCAGUGUCAAAACGGGGCAGCCAAUCGUGGCGACGCCUUCGUCUUGCCCGGGACUCGGGAGGUAACUUGCUCUUGGGAACCAGCACCAUGGCGUCCGGCUGCAGGAUUGGGCCGUCCAUCCUCAACAGCGACCUGGCCAGUUUAGGGGCCGAGUGCCUCCGAAUGCUGGACUCUGGGGCCGAUUAUCUGCACCUGGAUGUAAUGGACGGGCAUUUUGUUCCCAACAUCACCUUUGGUCACCCUGUGGUAGAAAGCCUCCGAAAGCAGCUAGGCCAGGACCCUUUCUUUGACAUGCACAUGAUGGUGUCGAGGCCGGAACAGUGGGUAAAGCCAAUGGCUGUAGCAGGAGCUAAUCAGUAUACCUUUCAUCUUGAGGCUACUGAGAACCCAGGGGCUUUGAUUAAAGACAUUCGGGAGAAUGGGAUGAAGGUUGGCCUUGCCAUCAAGCCAGGAACUACAGUUGAGUAUUUGGCACCGUGGGCUAAUCAGAUAGAUAUGGCCUUGGUUAUGACAGUGGAACCUGGGUUUGGAGGGCAGAAAUUCAUGGAAGAUAUGAUGCCAAAGGUUCACUGGUUGAGGACCCAGUUCCCGUCUUUGGACAUAGAGGUCGAUGGUGGAGUAGGUCCUGACACUAUCCAUAAAUGUGCAGAGGCAGGAGCUAACAUGAUUGUGUCUGGCAGUGCCAUUAUGAGGAGUGAAGACCCCAGAUCUGUGAUCAACCUGUUAAGAAAUGUUUGCUCAGAAGCUGCUCAGAAACGUUCUCUUGAUCGAUGAAAGCACAAGGAGUCCAGAGUUUCUGCUCAUGAAAUCCUUUUGCUGGAAAACAAGAAUAUUGACUACCAAAUCAUACCACAAUUGAGGCAGUGCUGAUUUUCUGAGCAAUUACUCAUUCUGGUGACUGACAUCUAUUGUGCAGAAUGUUCCAGGAGGUUAGAAAUUUAGUGAUGGGAUUUAAAGAUUAGUGUGGUGAAAUACCAUUUUUACUGGGAGACUUGAUUUUUAUAGAGAGUAAAAAUAUGGCUGUAUUAAAGUUAUAAACAGAAAUGUGUCUUAAUGCCUCACAAAGGCAUAUUAGCUACUAUGAAAAAGUGGUUUUUUUCCUCCAUUUCUAAAAAGAAUUUUCUGUUGUUUCUUGGCUGUUUUCCAAAAGCAAAAGAAGUCCUUACGUUUUUCCUGUUCCAUGUCAUUUUUUAUUUUUCUGUAUGGGUGAUAAUAUGAGAAUAGAAUUUAGGGAAAAUCUAAGUUUGAAUCUGCCUGGGAUGGCAUACCAUGCUCUCCUAAAGCAUCUCCUUUUUACUUUGCACCUUAUAUUUGAUAUAUAAAAACAAUGUAUGAAGGCCAGGGAUUUUUAAGGUGGUCUCUUCUGAAAUACAAGCGUAGAUUUUAGCAGGGUGUUUUGUUCGCUUUGCUGCAGGGACAGGGUAUUCAGCGAUCCGCCCCAUCUUUAACCAUGCGGACCCACCGUUUUUAAGGACAUUGGAUAAUGUGCUAGCUCUGAACAGAAAAGCCUCUAUUUGGAUGUGAAAUUGAAUUGACUCUUCCCCUUUCCAGCUAUUUGACCUUAGCAGAUCAAAUCAACCAAGCUCUUUGAGCUACUAUUAACUGAUUUAUACAGUGAAUGUAAUUAUAACUGUGCAGGGUUGUGUUGAUGAUUAAAAGAAAUACUAUAUUUGUAAA